GUAGGCGACGUGUCCUCCAGGACCCAGGCAAAAUGGCGCCUGUCAGCUACAGCUCUGACUACAAAUCCCACUACUCUCAUCGUCCCAGCGAAACUGUUUUUUUUGUGUUACAGUGCAACAUGACCCCCAUUCACUGCUGAGAGUUGUCUGAGGUCACCUUAUGAUCAGUCACAAGAAGCAAAACAAUUCUCCAAUCAUUUAAAAGGAGCCUGAAUAUGGAAAAGGACAGGGAUAUAAUGACCGAGAGGAUAUUAAAGCUGACAUUGGAGAUCGUCUACCUGCUGACUGGAGAGUGCCCCAUCACGGUGCCUCCACCUCACUCCCUGAUACAUGAGAGACACAAUGACCAGAAGAUCCUGGGACUCACCAACAAGAUCAUUCAGCUGCUGACUGGAGAGGUUCCCAUAAGGUGUGAGGAUGUCACUGUCUAUUUCUCCGUGGAGGAAUGGGAGUAUAUAGAGGAACACAAGGGUCUGUACAAGGACGCGAUGAUGGAGAAUAACCUGCCCCUCACAUUAUCGGAUUUCUCAAUCGCAUUUAAUAAAUCUUCUGGAGAAUCCCAUGUCCGUACUGAUUUAGGGAAUAAUACAAACCGGAACACACAUGAUAGUAUAACUCCAGAGGAAGAACAUGAGGCUGAUGAGAUUCAGGGAACAUCUGUGAGGGAAGUGCCCUACCAGUCAGUAGUAUGUCAAGAAGGAACCUUCACCAACAUUUCUGCAAACACUGAUUGUACACAGGAUAUGCCUGCUAGUGUUAAGAAGGAAUGUGAGAGAGGAGACCUCACAGACACCAACAUUUAUACACCCACAGAUCAUACUCCGUAUGCACCUACUCAUAUUAUUGAGGAGUCUGUCUCAUCUGAUGGAGGGAACCUCACAGACACUAAGAAUUAUACACCCACAGGUCAUACACAGUAUACAUCUACUCAUAUUAAGAAGGAACCAGUCAUAUGUGAUGGAGGAAACCCCACAGAUACUAAGAAUUAUACACCCACAUAUCAUACACAAUAUACAUCUAGUCUUACUAAGGAGGGAUCAGUCUCCUGUGAUGGAGGGGACCUCACACACACUGAUAUGUAUACACCCACAGAUCACACACAGUAUACAUCUACUCAUAUUAAGGAGGAAUCAGUCUCAUCUGAUGGAGGAAAUCUCACAGACACUAAGAAUUAUACACCCACAGGUCAUACACAGUAUACAUCUACUCAUAUUAAGGAGGAACCAGUUGUACGUGAUGAAGGUAACCCCACAGAUACUAAGAAUUAUACACCCACAUAUCAUACAAAAUAUACAUCUCAUAUUAAGAAAGAACCGGUCUCAUGUGAUGGAGGAAACCUCACAAACACUAACAUGUAUACACCUACAGAUCAUACACAGUAUACAUCUACUUAUAUUAAGGAGGAACCUGUCUCAUGUGAUAUAGGAGACCUCACAGACACUGACAUGUAUACACCCUCAUAUCAUACACAGUAUACAUCUUCUCAUAUUAAGGAGGAAUCAGACCUGUGUAAAGGAGAUUUCACAGAUUUGGAGACUUAUAGACCCACAGAUCAUGGGCACUCAAAAUAUAAGUCCCCUAAUAUCAAUGUAGAAUCUUCCUCUGCAUUCAUCAGUGAACAUUUUUCUGAUGACCUUUACAUCACCGCAAAAAAUUCACAGUGCAACACGGAACCUUCUGGGCAUGAAAACCCAUGGAAGUUCACCAGACAACAAAUGGACCUCAACUUUUCCACGUGGACUAACAGCAGCUGUAGAAACGUUUCUAAAACCUUUAUAUGUUUCGAAUGCGGUAAAUGUUUUUCCAGCAGUCCGCACCUCAUCCGGCACCAGAGGACCCACACCGGGGAAAGACCAUUUGAAUGUACGGAGUGUGGUAAAUUCUUUUCCAGCAGCUCAAACUUAAUAAUGCACCAGAGGACGCACACGGGGGAAAAGCCAUUUGCCUGUUUGGAAUGCGGAAAACGUUUUGCCCGCAACCCCCAUCUUAUCAGGCACCAGAGAAUACACACAGGCGAGAAACCCUUCGAAUGCUUAGAGUGCGGCAAGAGAUUUAACCAGGACUCCAACCUUCUAAAACAUCAGCGGACUCACACAGGGGAAAAGCCCUUUGUGUGCUUAGAUUGCGGAAAGGAUUUCACCAGUAACCCCCAUCUCCUUAGGCACCAGCGAAUUCACACUGGGGAAAAACCAUUUUCCUGCUCCGAAUGCGGCAAAUGUUUUUCCAGCAGCUCCAAUCUGGCUACUCACAGGAGAACUCACACGGGAGAAAAACCUUAUUCGUGUUCGGACUGCGGGAAACGUUUCUGCAAAAGUUCUAAUCUUGUCGCCCACGAGAAAAUCCAUCAGCAGUUUCCGUACUCGGAACGUGAGAAAUCUUGUCCUAAAAACCUCUUUGCCUAUCAGACGAACCACCUCAGAGAGACCUUUUCCAGCGAGGAAAACAUCUUGCUAAAUUUCAGAGAAUUCGCCGAGGAGACAAACAAUUUUCUUGGCUAUGAGAUAGAAAAUGGAUGGAUCUAAACAUAAAAUACCAACUGUUCACAAGAAACGUUUUCCUUUUACAUUUUUUUUUUUUAAACUAGCCAAGGUCACUCAGUUGUCAAAGAAUAAUAAUAAAACAAUGAAUAAUUGUUUAGCUCGGUGUUGAGUGUUCUAUAUAUCUUACGAUGUAUCUUUCUUGCACAGUAAUGGCAAGCUUGCUUAAUACUGUAGCUAAGCAGUUUUUCCUCUUUAUGAUUCCGGACUGCAAAGUUCUAUUGUUGAUAAAAUUGGGAACAAACACAUCAUGCCAUGUACAGAUGAUCUUCCUAUUAAUUGUAAACUGUUGGUAUUUUGUACACAUCAAGUUCAUUAUAUAUCUUACAAGAGUAUAAGUGAUUUGGAUGGAAGUUAUUAUAAGUGUGUCACAAAGCUGACUUGGGCGGGAUUCAAAUGUUUUAUUGCCCUCGAUCUCCCGUCUAAAAUGACGGAAGAUCGCAGGGCGAUAUUCUAUUGACCCCCUUUAUCACGCUGAUCGCGCCCUUAAUAGACAGGUUCAGCCGCGUUAAGCAUCUAAACCCGACUAAAGUCACGGGCGCAAUCGCGGAAAGUCCAGUUUGGGCAUCCAAACGGGUCACUUUUUUGCGCAUUUCAGCUCACCACCCCUGGGGGUGGCGAGCUGAAAUGCUGAUAUCGCACCCAUCAGCAGCAACAUUUGAAUACUGCCGGCGGGCACGAUGGUGGGAGGGAGGGACGGAAGAUUUGAAUCCCGCCCUCUGUGUCUCGCCCAAGUGUAUUUCAGGUUCUCGGUGAAUACUGUUACCAUAUAGUAUUAAUAAAGGUCACAAUAAUCUGAGGUGACCUUUUGAUACCUAUACUAAUUAAUAGUAGUGUAUUAUUUUUGG